UUCACGUAGUAGAUGAGUGAGAGAGUGCUUCGAGUGCGGCCGUGUGAUCGACUUGUACAAUUGAUCAUACAGUAGCUUUUAGAAUAAAAAAUAAUGAUUUAAUAUACAUAUAUAUAUUUUUAAUAAUAAUUAUUAUUUGCUAGAGUAUGCAGUGUUAUAGAUAAUUAUUUAUUUAAAUAUCAUAGAUAUUAUUUUUUUAUUAUUGAUAUAUAAAUUUAAAAUUUUUAUAUUGAGCAUAAAAAAAUUUUGAGAAUAAGUAAAUCAUCCAAGUAAGCAUGUCUACUGCAUGUCCAAGAAUUCAACAUGCGAACGGGGAAGGAAAUCUUGCAUCACCCAGAAAAAAACAACGAACAACUCCUGGACAACUUGCUAAAGUAACCGUCGUCCUUGGAGCACAAUGGGGUGACGAGGGAAAAGGAAAAGUCGUCGAUAUGCUUGCUGAUGACGCUGAUAUUGUAUGCCGGUGUCAGGGAGGAAAUAAUGCAGGUCAUACGGUAGUUAUCAACGGCGGUCAAUUCUUUUUUCAUCUACUACCUAGCGGAAUUAUUAAUCCCAGAUGCAAAUCCAUUUUAGGUAAUGGUGUAGUGAUCCAUAUUCCCGGAUUGUUUGAAGAAUUGGAACAAAAUGAAGCUAAAGGUCUUAAAGAUUGGCAAAAUAGGCUCAUUAUCUCAGAUCGUGCACACAUUGUUUUUGAUUUUCAUCAACAAGUUGAUGGUAUGCAAGAAAUGGAAAAAGGAUCACAAUCAUUGGGUACUACGAAAAAAGGAAUUGGACCAACUUAUUCAAGUAAAGCUACAAGAAAUGGUCUACGUAUCGGUGAUUUGAUGGGAGAUUUCGAUAAAUUUGCUGAGAAAUUUAACACUUUGGUUGCAACGUAUCAAAGAAUGUUUCCAUCAUUGCACGUCGAUGUUAAAUCUGAGUUGGAACGAUACAAAGGAUAUGCUGAACGAAUAAGGCCACUUGUUAAAGAAACAGUACAUUAUUUACAUACUGCACUUAAAGAUGGACAAAAAGUUUUGGUGGAAGGAGCUAAUGCUGCAAUGUUAGAUAUUGACUUUGGUACAUAUCCAUAUGUAACAAGUUCAAAUUGUAGUAUUGGUGGUGUUUGUACUGGUCUUGGUUUACCACCAUCAACUAUUGGAGAAGUUAUUGGUGUCGUUAAAGCAUACACAACAAGAGUUGGUGAUGGUCCUUUUCCAACAGAAUUACGAGAUUCAACUGGUGAAUUGUUACAAUCACGUGGUCAUGAAAUUGGAGUUACGACAAAUCGUAAAAGACGUUGUGGUUGGCUUGAUUUGGCACUUUUGAAAUUUACUUAUAUGGUUAAUGGAUACACGUCAAUCUGUUUAACAAAGUUAGAUAUCCUUGAUACAUUGCCAGAAUUAAAAGUUUGCAUUGGUUAUCGUUAUAAUGGAAAAGAAAUUGAUUAUUUUCCAAGUACUGCUUCUGAAUUAGCUAAAGUUGAGCCUAUUUAUGAAACGAUUGAGGGCUGGAAUUCAAAAACUGAAGGAGUACGUUCACUUGAUCAAUUACCUCCAAAUGCUCGUAAAUAUGUACAAUUAAUUGAAGAUAAUUUAAACGUUAGAGUCAAGUGGAUUGGUGUUGGAGCAGGCCGUGAAAGUGUCAUUACUCUCUGACGAUUCAAUAUUGUUAGAAAAUUUUUUAAA